CGAUCCGGACUCAGUUACGCGGCGGCCGGCCACCCGUGCGAGAGCGUGUCCGCUUUCUUGCAAAACGGUUCGUGCUGUUUUUCCUCUCUCUCUCUCUUUCUCUUUCCGAUCUAAACUAUCGUUCUUUCUCCGCAACGUGUUACCGACUCGCGGCGAAUCCGGUGUUCCGAACCCGCGGUUCGUUCGGACGCUCGUUUUCCUUUUCCAUUUUCCGCCGUCCGUUCGACCGUCCGGCGUUCCCCGGUCCCUCCGGUCGGAGGUCGACCAGCGGAUCGUGAGAAAAACGCGCGGUACCAGUGACGAGGACAACUUAUUCCUUCUGUUUUGGGAUUACGGCCGCGCGCACGAGCAGGAAGAAGACCGGUGGUGCAGCCAAGGACGUUUGUGUUUGAGUUUCGCGUGACCAGCGCGCGAGAGAGAGGGAGUCCGGCGCGCUACGGAAUCGCGUGGUUCCGCGUACGGGACUCUGUGUGACCCGCGUGAUCUCGCCGAUCCUUUGAAUCGGAGCGGACAGUCCGCGCGGAGCCUCUGUUAACCGAGACACACCGCGACCGGUGCGUAUCGUCAGCCGUCGAAGAGGAUUCCUUGAAAUAUCGCCGACACCGAAGAGGAUCCUAUCUACGUGUUGCAAGAGGAUCCGCUGCAUCGUCAGCGAUUCGUUCACACAAGUCCGACUUCCUGGAUACACUCGUAGCGAGCGACAACUUCAACAGUGGAAACAAUGUCGACCACGGUGACGGAGGAACGAUAAGUCGGCGGUUUAGUGAAGGACUGACCAAGAAUCUGCAUGCGAGUGCCCAGGGCAGAGGUGUUUGGGCUCCUCGAUGGGGCGCUGACCUCCGAAGACGUCCGGAAGGAUUCGUCUAGCCCUACGACGACGCACACAGGGCAGUUGCAUUCGCCGAACGGCGACAGCGAUAACAGCAACGGUAGUCAGCGUGCGGUGGCUGUUACAAGGAGCGACGUAGAUCAACAGCAACAGUCGCACCGCCAGAGGCAGCAACGGCCUCCGACAGCUACCGUUCCAGUUCUCGCCUGCACGAAUCACUCAUCUACGACAACUACUACCACCGCAUUCACAGUAGCGUCAAGUAUGCUUCUGCUGCAGACACAGAGUCCUUUCGGAUGUAGUACUCUGGCGGACUUGUUAAGUGCGUCGUACACGGAUCCUGCGGAUGCGGGAAGCCUGCCGGAAGAACUGGACCCAUUCCCGGAGCUCCAGUUAGGCAACCCACAAGGAGUGCCCACGGCGGACGAGUCGGCCCAGCCUCAACCAACAGUCCACCAUCAGCAAGCACCGCAACCCCCUCAACCUGCUGCGCCUCUUCCAGAAGAUGUCCAGGCAGACUCGCUUAGCUCAACACCCUUGCCGAGCUUCCAAGAAACGUACACGGCUCCCCGGUACACCAGACAAGAGCUCCAAGUCCUCGGCAUAAAGAUGGACGAGGAGUGUUACGAGAACACCGUGUACCCCUGCGCGACUGGCCACUAUCCCACCGAAUUCUCGCCGACGAUCCCCUACCAUGAUCACCAGCAACAGCCGCAGCAGCCGCCGCACCAUCACCACCACCAUCAUCCCCAUCAGCCGCAGCAAGCCCCGCCGCCCCAGCAACAGCACCAUCAUCAUCACCAAGGGUACUUCGCCACCGAGACAGCGCCGACACCGACGACCGCUGUCCCCUCCCCGUCGAAUCAUCGACAGGAUUCACCGUACGGCACGGCGGUCAGCGUCCCCAUGGUGUACGGACCGCCGCCGACCAUCACCGGAAGUGCGACCCCGGUCGCGCCUACGGAACUCUGCCCGAACGUCGACAACGUCGUCGUAGGGACUUCCCGGUCAAGGAGGGCAUCCCUGCCUACGCAGAGGCUAGAGUCCGCGAGUAGCGGUAGCACAGAGUCUCCGAAGGCGCGGGGCGGAAGCGGCUCCGGAAGUUCCGUGAGCUCCCUCUCGCCCGGAAGCGGAACCAGCAACGAGAGAGCGCCCCCGAGCCCCAGCCAAUUGUGCGCCGUUUGCGGCGACACGGCGGCGUGCCAACACUACGGGGUGCGUACCUGCGAGGGCUGCAAGGGCUUCUUCAAGAGGACCGUGCAAAAGGGCGCGAAGUACGUGUGCCUCGCCGAAAAAGCCUGCCCCGUGGACAAACGCCGGCGGAACCGUUGCCAGUUCUGCCGCUACCAGAAAUGCUUGAAGGUUGGCAUGGUGAAAGAGGUGGUCAGGACAGACUCGCUGAAAGGGCGAAGAGGCAGGCUACCCUCGAAGCCGAAAUCACCACAGGAAUCACCCCCGAGUUCGCCGGUGUCCUUGAUCAAGGCCCUACUGCGCGCACAUUCGGACACCAUGCCGGCGAACCUGGAUUACUCCCAGUACCGAAUACUCAGUCCGGACGAUCCACCGAUCGACGACGCGGAAAAGACGCAACAGUUCUACAACCUCCUCACCCCGUCCAUCGACGUGAUCCGAAAUUUCGCCGACAAAAUACCCGGUUUCACGGACCUGCUGCGGGAGGAUCAGGAGUUGCUUUUCCAAUCGGCGAGCCUGGAGCUGUUCGUCCUGCGGCUGGCGCACCGUACGGAACCGGAACCCACCCAGCUGACAUUUUGCAACGGCAUUGUGCUGGCGAUCGAGCAGUGUCAACGCAUCUUCGACGAUUGGUUGCACAGCAUACUCGAGUUCUCCAAGGCUCUCCACGUUCUAGACGUGGACACCAGCGCUUUCGCCUGUCUGUGCGCGCUUACCCUCGUUACUGAAAGGUACGGCCUGAAGGAGCCUCACCGCAUGGAGCAGCUUCAGAUGAAGAUCAUCUCCUCCCUGCGGGACCACGUGACCUACAAUUCCGAAGCCCAGAAGAAAGCCCACUACUUGUCCCGGUUGUUGGGCAAGCUGCCGGAGUUGAGGAGUCUCUCCGUGCAGGGUCUCCAGCACAUCUUCUACCUGAAACUGUUGGACCUGGUCCCGGCGCCGCCGCUGAUUCAGAAGAUGUUCGUCGGCAGUCUACCGUUCUAAGCCGCCUUCAGAGCCCGAGCCUAAGGCUACUCACCGCGUAGAACAAUUCACUCUCGAGGCCCGUGCGGUUGCGUACACCAUUCAGUUUCCUUAGAUCUACAAACAAAAAAAAAAGAAACCGUACUACGUAGCUUCUACUAUCUUUGCGUGUGUCCGCGAACGGUUCUCGACGACGGUCAUCCCGAGCUGGUCCUCUGAAUCGAACCCUCGGCGACUACCCUCCUCGAAGCUCGUUCACCCUGGCCGACGAACGUUCCCGAACGUUCCGGCGCGCGUGUGGAUCGUGUGAGUGGGACUAUUUGUAUAGAUGAGAGACGCGCGGAUGGACCAGGUUACAGGUAGACGCGGUUGCGAGGCUAAAGUUUAAGACAAAGUUCCCGUGUGUGCGUGUGUGUGUGUGUGACAUACGAGAGUGGAAGAGAAAGAGAGGAAGAGAGAGUAUGUGUGUGUAUGCGUGUACAUGUUUUACAGGGCGCGUGACUUCGCGAUGUGUCCGAGCGGCGCUCGCUGCUCGAUACUGUUACUAUUGUUACUACUACUCUUAAACCGCUAUCAUUACUUUAACACUGUACGAUGUAACAGCUAUUCUUGCUAUCGGAAGUCCAAGGAUCGGCGGACGAACCGAUGGAUCGUCCAGGCAGUGGACCACGAACAUCGGCGAGGCGAAUGGUAGAUCUUCUACCGAACGAGAUAGAGAGAGAGAUAGAGCGCGCGCGAGAGAGAGAGAGAGAGAGAGAGGGAGAGAGAGAGCGAGAGAGAGGGAGAGAGAGAAAGAGAGCAGUGCUUCGACAUCGUUCCAGGAUCACGGAUCUAAGCGAUGCGAUUGGAACGGUGAACGGGGUGGUCUUCGGGGUCGGCGACUCGUCUAUUUCUCGCAAGCGUGCACAAAAGGAAAUCGAUGAGGCAAACAUAUAUACACGAAUUUUUAUCACUUUUCUACCUACUUUGUAUACGUCGCCGGGCCCGCGAAGUACGCUCGCGUUUCUCUCGCCGAUCCGCGGCGUCGUCCUUGCCCGGCCGAUCGAUCGCGCGGGCCUGACCGAUCUUCUUUUCGGUGUAUAAACGUACUUAAACGAAGUCGUGGUGAAGUGUGCAAGCGAAACGCAUUGACGACUCGCAACAUAUCAGUGCAACGACGGAAGAGCAGACGCGGACGUUGCUGCUGGACACCCUUAAAAUUCUCUCAACCCUUCGCCCCCGUAACCCAGUGAAUUUUGCUCUUCCGUGUUGACAAUUAGACGUAGGCGCGUGGCCGUGAUCACACUCGAACGUCCGGAUGACGCUAACUGUUUACCGAAGCGUGUAUCCUUUCUUUCUCCCUUUGAGCAGCGCUCGAUGGAACGAGUGUAUGCGUAGCGUAGAAACCCGAUCAUUCCCUCCCAGCACAGUUGUCGAUCGCGGGGUUUAGCGUCAUCGGAAACGCGCGAGUGUGCUCGUCGUCACGAGGUCGGGAUCGCUCGGCCCAAUUACCACUACUCUUGCGUUAAUGUGAUUUUAGACAGCUAAGGGCGAGACGAAGGAAGAAUGAAACGGGAUCCUGGUGCUGGCUGUCUGCCGACAACGACGUCGCGGGGAUCGCGAUUAGCGAAUGACGAUGAUCGUCGUCAGCAGAGCUGCGCGGCCACCGGUCCGGCAUAAAGUUACCUAUUACGUUAUGACAUUUAUUUUUAAUCAAACUAACGUAGAGAUGUCCUAUUUAUACGUAUACCGCGCCGCUGCUACUUAUACUAUUACUUACUACUUACUACUAUUAUUACUUACUACUACUCGAACGCGUAGGCGUUUCACGAUCUUGCGGCGUUUAAUACCGCUGAGACUACCGCUGUUACCAUCCGCUACCUUCUUACCAGCACCUUGUGUUACCAUUGUCCGCUAAACGCGUAAGGAUUACCGUCAACGUUUUAAGCACUCUACUCGCCGAAGUCUCUCCAACGUGUCGUGCGACUCAUCGGGGAAACGAACGUGAACGUCGGGACGGAGGACGAUCGUCGUGAUCCUGGAAGGGAGACUCUACGAGCCGUCAUCUUCGACAGGCUCUCAGCGACGUUUAACCGGUUUCUCGGUUGUUCCGGGGACUCGACUUUAGGAGAGUCCUCGCAACAGCCCGACGAUCGCUACUUUUCUCUGUCGCGUGUAUGUAUAUCUGUCCGACGUAAAAAUUAACAGCCCGCUAAACCGAUCCAGACCGGUACACCGUUACACCGAGAUUAUCGAGAGCCAUCGACACAGCAUUAAUCCUUAGAGUGCACCGAAUCAGCGGGGAGAAAAAAGGGAAGACAGAAUUGAACGGGCCGCGUCACGCGCGGCUCGUUCACUUAACGAAACGCAGAACACGUUGAAAUACAUGUAUGUGCACAAUAGGUAUAUAUAUAUAUAUAUAUACAUAUAUACACAUAUGAAAAAAAAGAAGUAAUUUACGUGUGUAUACGUUAACUCUAAACGCCGUGUGUAUCCGCAAAUGUUCGACGCUUCGCGAGGAACGUCGUUCCUCGAUCUCCGCGUGCAAGCAAAAAGCAAAUAUGAAACUAACCGUGGCUCCUUCGAAAACGAUCGAUCUUUUCCGUUUCGUAACUCUGUUGUUCGUUCGGUGCUGUUCUUCGUGGUGUCUUCGCCAAGCCCAUUCCACGCGAGAAACGAUCUCUCGUCACGGAAGCGUGCGCGGAGGAAAGGGAGUCGCCGGUCUCGGUUGCGCGACGUUUCAAACGGAAAUACGAAAUUCGAAACAAUUCGACGACGAUGCUUUUCCUCCGCGCAGAUUAGAGAUACGUCGACAGGUGUGUGAGAAACGUUUGCGGAUGGAUACGAGAUAUCGCAGGUGUUCGGAGAAUUAUGAACAAAAUGCCCGGCAAGAAAGCAAGGUACAAGAUCGCCCGAGGGGCGCGUUCCUCUCGGUCGAAAUUAGGGUUGCGCGGCGCGAACGGGAGCGGUCCGUUGGUCUCCGUUAAUUAUAAAUAGCGAAUCGGCGUACGGUGAAUUUUCUCAUCGGACGGGGAACGGUGUGCCUCAGUGGAGGGGAACACGGACCGAUCGCGUUCGCCGCGCGUGUACGUAGAUCCGCGUCGAGUCCGGCAGAGAUCUGGCGACAUCGGGAAUCCGUCAAGUAAAACGGUGCUAUUAGGCUAAUUGCGAUUGACGAGCGCUUAACGAAGUUUCGAGGGUUCUUAAGUUUCUUGCCUCCCCACCCCUCCUCGGCGGCGAGCAAAGGGAAAUGGUGUUUUCGUUCCUAUUUUACUUAAGAAAAUUCGAGAGGACGCCUCGGCGACGACCGUUUCCAAUCCCCUAUUGGAGCGGAAACAAUCGAUACUCGUGGUUGACGUGUUCCGGUUCCGGCACCGCUGCGUCUGUCCCGCACUCGACGCCCCCGAUUCUCAACGAUGUAUUAUUUUCUACGACGUGUAAUUUCUAAAAAGGUGAAACAAAAAGAAACCGUGAACAAAGAGGUGAAAAAAAAGGAGAACAGAAAAAGAGGAAAAAAGACAAAGCGAGAGAAGGGUUUAGCUGACGAUAUAGAAGACGAAGAGGUGGUUCGGAUCGUUCGGGACCGUAGGAAUAUCUCGACGAGGCACGAGGUCGUGCGGCUACACUGUUUGUUAAACCGAAUUUUAAUUGUCAUCGCUGUAACGAACGAACGGCCAAUUCCGUUAGGUGUACUGUCCUCUUCCCUCAAUGUAACAAUAAAUGUUCAAUCAACGGAUGAGAUCACUUUUUUUUACCGAAGCUAUUUUGUUUUUGUAAUAAAGUGCAUUACUACUUCGAUCCAUUCGGCAGACCUAUCGGCGCGAGCGCUAUGUACAGCGAGGAGAUCGAGAUCGAUAGCCGUUCCCCUUUCCGUCCACUGAUUAGGGAAGCGUUUAUCGGGCGUGUUCGACUGUCGUUUCUCCCUUCGUCCGAGGUGUCAAGUGAAUGUAAGAUAGAGAAAGAGAGAGGGAAAGAUUUUCACUUUUGUACCGUUCCCAUGAUGAUUUCACCUUCCCAGGGCAAAAAUUUAUAUUUAUCGAUUGAGAAGGAAGAGAAAAGAUCGAUGCGGCGGGUCCUCGUUUUCGUACGGACAUUUCCACGAUCGAUUCGUGCUCGGUUCGCCGCCAGUGUCCGCGGAUGCGGCGUAUCAAAACGAAUGCACAAUCGCGAGCACCGGCACACCGGAAACGGUAGCACGUUGCACCGAAAGUAAACAUUUAUAAAUCUACGUACGCGAGAAGCGUACUCGCGCUGUCGAAACACUAACGAUCCGAUCGAUCGCGCAGGGAAAUGGAUUCCCGCGAAGCGAGACGGCGAGAUUGUGGUAAAAUAAAUUUCGAUCCCUCCCCUCCUCCUCUGUGAAUGUAUCGAUGCAAUAAUUCGCGACGACCGGAAGCCAGUGAAGGGGAUCGAAUUGGCGAAGGGAUAGGAAGCGAAUGGAAACGACGCUGUCGAUCGAUUGUCGACGUAUUGACGGCCGUACAACUGAAAAGGUGGUGCGGAUCGUGAUCGAUUGUUAGCUCGCCGAUGAUCCUCGCCGAUCUGUCUCUAUGUUCCCUCGUUGCAAUCGUUACGGCGACGACAAUAAAAGAAAAUUUCGAACCGAAGAGAAGGGAAAAAAAAGGAAUCGCGAGACAAGUUUCCCCACCACCGGCCUUUUCACCCCUACGACCGUCGAUAUAAUCAACAAUGUUUCUGAUUAAAUUGUUGUUAAACUAUUUUCCCUCGUGUUGUUUACACGUGCGCACAUCUACGAGAUCCUCCUUUCCGCGGUCUGGUUCGCUGUUAUUCUGUGCCGAGCCACAAACACACAUACACAUACAGACACACACUGUUCCCUCUCGCUUGAAUAAUAUAAUAUAAUGAAAUAUAAUAUAUACAUAAAUAAAUAAAUGAAUAUAUAUAUAUACAUAAUUAUAAAUAUAUAAAUAUAAUGUUUAAUAUAAAUAAAGAGGUAAAUAUACUUUCGAUAUGUGAACAAGAAAGCAGUUCAAAGGCAUGACGUGCGAAAAAAAAAAUAUUAUGACCAUUAUAUUUUAUAAAUAAAAGAAAUUGAUAUGUG